AUGUCUUUGCUUGAAGAUCAAUCCUCAUCAUGCGUUCAUGCGUCUGCGAAGCCCGCAGUCCCAGAGCGCGUUGGGCAGCGCUUCGCAGUUAUCAACAUGGUGUCCAAGUAUGAGACGCAAGCAGGCCCCCAGCUAACGGAUACCGUCGAAACGUUUGCUGGCAGUGAAAUAAGCUUCCAUGUGAAGCCAUAUAUUCAUGCAGUAGCACAAGGCAAUGCAUCACAGUUACCACAAUCACCCUCUCAACGGGAGUCGAGCCUAGGAGAGGCUCUUUUUAACCUCUCCUCGGCGCGGGCUCGCGACUCAGACUCAGAAUGGGAUGCAAACUUUAUUCAACUGGAGCCCAUGGCAGAUGCUCAGAGCAAGCUGUCUUCCUGCAGCAGCUGUCUGCUACCUAUUCUACCUUACAAGUUAAAGAAUGAGAAGGCCAGCGUUCUCUAUGACAGACUAAGACUAGCAUCAUACAGUGGUUCAUCUGCAAGCCAGAAGAGCCGAAAGUAUUACGUGUGGAUGUCUCAGCUCAUGGUUGCCCAUCAUGGACCGAUCUGGACAUCCGAGUUCUCUCGAGAUAUGUCAUUCUUUGCUACUGCAGGCCAGAACGGGUUUGUUAAAAUAUGGAAAUACAUAAAUAAAGCACAGGUACACGUAGAACCAUGUAAGCCAUCGCUUGAUGUCUCCACUCUCACCCAUGUCAAGAAGCCUGAGCUUCUUUCACCCAUUUGUGAGAGUCCCUCCAAGGAAAACCUAUCUCAGUACAUUGGUUCACCAGUUCUGAACCACUCUUCUAAGCUCUCUACACGCAGGUUAUCCAAGGCUGCCGAAGCAGAAGCCAGCAGUGCAGCUAACGUGCCAAAUAACCUGAUACCUAUACUGGAACCUUUGGAUUGCAAGGACGAGAACUUUGAUGACGAGAGUGCUAGCUCUCUUACAGACGAAAAGCCAUAUGAGAUUGUUACUAGAUCACAAUCACAGUUGCAAGAGGGAGGUACAUCUCCAUUUAAUUCUGUUAUAAAGUUUAGACCCUCAAAGGCUCAAUUUUCUCAACUCUCUCAGACCGUUUCUCAGCACUCUACCCUGUGCUGUAAAGAUGCUCCAUCUAAUAAGCCCUCAAUAGACGCUCAGUCUCUGACUUCGGACAAACUGAUAAUGGAUUUUUCCAACAGGCAAUCCGCACUAGACAAUAAUCGUAUCCCGUUUUUUCUGCCAGCCAUAAGGGUAUUUAAAGGACACAUCGCAGACGUGAUCUCGUGCUCCUGGUCGAAAAGUAACUUCUUAGCCACAGGCUCCCUGGACAAGACUGUUAAGAUAUGGAGCCCAAUCAAGGGCUCCUGUUUAGAGAUUUUGACCCAUAACUCACCUGUCACGUGUGUCCUAUUUCAUCCUCUUCACGAACAGUUUUUGUACACAGGUACAAGUGCUGGCGAUGUGUACCAGUGGGAUGUCAUUGGAAAGCGCAAGGUUUCCUGGACUGCCCCGCAAAUGGUAACGAGCAUAGCCUUUACAAAGAAUAAGUUUUCUCCGCCCACAGGCGUCAUAAUCGUAGGGACUGCCCAUGGAAAAAUAUAUAUACUAGGUGCAGACACGUUGCGGCCCAUCUAUGAGUUCCAAACAUAUACCGUACAGCACAGGAAACAGACCAGCAUCCCAGCCCCAAGGGUCCUGGCUUUGUCUGUCAUUGAUGAAACAAACGAAUUGCUGGUGUCCACAGCAGACUCUCAAAUUAAGCGGUAUUGUUUACUCUCAAUGCUGCAGACCAGAAAGUACAAGGCACACACAAUAUCUGGAAUUUUUGGGGCAGCUAUUCCCCGGAUUCUGGCCUUAAGUGAUUCAAAGGAGUCCACUCACGAGAAAACAUAUGAAGAAGACAUCAGUCGCUUUCUUAUCAUCGGAGAUGACAAGGGGUCUAUUUGCAUGUAUCCUGACGAGUCCCCUGCUUCUGGACGAUUAAGAUCAGGUGCCUCUAAAAAUUUCAUCGGUAUAUCUAGUCACGAGAAGCUAUCAAAACAGAGAGUCUAUACAACACAAGGUACGGACACGGCAAGAUCGUGCCUUAAGAUCAACCUUCCGUCCAAGACUGUAUGCACUACAAUCAAUGUCGUCCAGAGCAAUCAGCAUGUAACUGGUAUACAGGGUGAUGCAAGAAAGAGCUCCAUAGUGGUCACCACUGCGAACGGAUCAGUGAUAUGCAUCGACAUUUGA